GACGUGGCGAAGGCUAGCGAAGGCCCUCGUCACAUCCUGCAGGAGAGGCUUUGUUGUCAUCUGAUGCCCGACACCUCAUUCAAUCCACGACUGGCGUUGAUGACGUCGCAUCAGGGAUGGUUUCACCUAGCAGAACAUGGCUGAGGAUGAGGUGACCCCAGAGCAGCUAGCAGCCAUCGCCGCCGAAAAUGAGGAGCCAGAGCCAGUGAACUACAAGCCGCCAGCGCAGAAGUCUGUGAAAGAGAUCCAGGAGCUGGAUAAGGAUGAUGAGAGUCUACGCAAAUACAAAGAAGUGCUGCUUGGCCCCGGGAUCACUGAAGCUGAUCCAAAUGCUCCCAAUGUCCAGGUGACUCGGAUGGCGCUCGUCUGUGAAAGUGCACCAAAUCCUCUGGUCUUGGAUCUGCAAGGGGACCUAGAAGCCUUUAAGAAGCAGGCCUUUGUGCUAAAGGAGGGAGUUGAAUACAAAAUAAAAAUCAGCUUUAAGGUGAACAAGGAGAUCGUUUCAGGUCUGAAGUAUGUGCAGCAGACGUUCAGGAAAGGGAUGAAAAUCGAUAAAUCGGACUACAUGGUGGGCAGCUACGGACCUCGCCUCACUGAAUACGACUUCCUGACCACGAUGGAGGAGGCUCCCAAAGGCCUGCUGGCCCGUGGCAACUACGUCAUCAAGUCCAAGUUCACCGACGACGACAAGCACGACCACCUGUCCUGGGAGUGGAACCUCAACAUCAAGAAAGACUGGAACGAUUGAGAGGCCUUUGUGUUUCCGGGGGGGGAGUGUGUGAUGGGGUGGGGUGGGGGGGCGGGGUCCAUCCACCCCCCCACCCUCCUCCCUUCCUCCUCCCAUGCUCAUCCUGUGUCCACCAUUUCUGCCUUGUUUGUUUUUACUUUGCAUUUCAUGCCUUAGUUCUGGCCUGUCCGUCUUAACGAACGCACCCCGCCCCACCGUCCUCCUUUCCUCCGUCCAUCCGUCCGUCCAUUUAAUCACUACCUGCACGCCGUCUCAUUGGUUGCACACUACUCUCCCCUGUUCACAGUCCUGCUAUGUAGCACCAAGCCUCCUCACACCCAGCUCUGGUCCUCCUGGUUUUAGCUGCUUGAAGAGAUUAUCCUCCCCUGCCCUCCACCCCCCGCCCCUCCAGAAUGGCGUCUUCCUCUUUCAGUAUGAAGUACAUGUGGACAAGCAACUGUACAAUCAACUUUUGUUUGCCUUUUUUUUUUUUAUAUCUAAUUGUAUCAAUGGUUGUGUAAUGUGACUGUAUUCACAUGUUAAUCAGCUGUUGUGUUCAUAGCUAACCCCACCGCAUCCACCCGCCCCUGCCCCCGCCCCU